UUUUUUUUUGUCUCUUGAGCUGACGUGCACUGUCCAUCCGAGAGGACGAGUCCAGACAUGAGUAACGUUAAUCUGAUUUUUUGGGACCAGUUGCAGGCUGGCAGCUCCGAUGUGGACUGGUGUGAGGGCAAUUACCUGAUAUACCCCACCAUCGCUGAAUUUUACAACACGAUCAGCAACAUUUUGUUUUUUGUUUUGCCGCCCAUAUUAAUGUGCUUGUUCCGCCAAUAUGCAACACAUUUCAACAGUGGGAUUUACCUCAUAUGGAGUCUUCUGGUUGUGGUUGGUAUCGGCUCCACAUAUUUUCACGCCACCCUCAGCUUCCUCGGCCAAAUGCUGGAUGAAUUGGCCAUCCUAUGGGUGCUCAUGUGUGCCAUUGCCAUGUGGUUCCCCAAGAGGUAUCUACCCAGGAUGUUCAGGAGGGAUCGGUCAAGGUUCAAAGUGGUCAUCGGCAUCUUGUCGGGGAUCACCACCGGCCUGGCGUUCGUCAAACCUGUUGUCAACUCCUUGUCACUGAUGACACUGGGCAUCCCCUGCACCGUGCUCCUCAUCACGGAGCUGAAAAGGUGUGAAAACCCUCGAGUGUUUAAGCUGGGUGUGGUCUCAGGGUUCUGGUGGGCACUAGCUCUGCUCUGCUGGAUCAGUGACAGAAUAUUCUGUGAAAUGUGGUCCGCCUUCAACUUCCCCUACCUGCACUGUGCUUGGCACAUCCUCAUUUGUCUGGCUUCCUACUUGGGAUGCGUUUGCUUCGCCUACUUUGACGUGGCGACCGAGGCCCCCGAGCGAGGCCCCGUCAUCAUGUUCUGGCCCAACGAGAAAUGGGCCUUCAUCGGCGUGCCCUACGUUUCCUUCCUCUGCGUCCACAAGAAAUCUACAAUCAAGGUGACUUAAUGCGCCGUGGGCCGACUCUGCCGCUCUGCUGGUCGUGCUUUAAAACGUCUCCCCAAGAUUGUACCAAACAACGAGAUACACCUGCAGUGAGUCGGGUAGCAUCCCCUGGUGCUCUCUUUCAUGUUUUGGGUGAUGUAUGUGAUGCACAUCUUCGCACAACCGUGAGGAUUACUGAAUCCUCUUUGAACUGUCCCUGGUCUGGUUUCAACUACACAGCAGUGUAUAUGCAACUCAAGCAAACAAAAGAACAGGGUAAUAAUUCUGACAUAAAGGAAGGUAACACAAAACAGUAUCAAAGCCAAGAAACCUUUACAGUGUUGCAGCACCCUCCUCAGGCUUCCUGUAGGCGAUAAUGUAGGUGUUAGUUUGAUGCAUUUCAGGCUUCUUUAAACAACAGUUUUUUGUACAUUUUAUAGUAAUUCAGAAAACCUCAUUAUAAAGCAAUGUAAUGCUUUUAUCAACGUGAGUAUAGCAUCUUAUAGGUGCAGUUAGGCCAUCGUGUAGACAUGUAAAAGCACUGGAUCAUAAACUGUGAUUUAAAGCUUCUUAAUGUGUCGUUAGCCAACUUAGCUAUACCCAGUGAACCAACCAGCUGGUGCAUAAGAUGUUACACAAGUGCUAUGGUCAUCUUUUUUUUUUUUCCUUUUUCUUCACAUAAAGCCAUAUGUGAUUUAAAUCCAUAUUUCAAACAGGCUGUUAAAGCUACCCUCAUUGUCAACACACAUUUUAAUUUAAAAUGUCAGGAUCACUUUAGGCGUCUUUCUGUUGUGGGUGUGCUCUCUUUUAUUUCCCAGCAUGCCAUUGGUGAUUGUUCAAGAUAGUGUCUUAGAAAUGUGUUUAAUAUAUUCCUGUAUAUAGUUUAACUAACAGUGUUAUUAUGCAAUUAUUUUCCAUAUUAUAAUAUAAGGUUCGUGUGUUGCUCAAUGAAUAGGUACACUUUGAUAUUGGCCAAAAACCCAAAGUAUAGAAAAAGAACAGAAUGUGAAAUCAACCAUAUUGAAUUGUGAUUGACUUCAAAGGAUGUAUAUUUUGCACAAAAUGAAAUUUGGUUCUCAAACCUUUGGCUGAACGCACUGUGUAGCAUUUCAGAACGUGACUACGAUUACAUGCUGAAGUAUUAACUUGUUUUUGUCGAGCUUUUAAGGACCAGUGUGAACGAUUUAGGGGGGGUCUAAAUGUAACGUAUUCCAAAGUGUGUUAUCAUAUGUGUGUGUUUCCUGAAAAGAACCAUGUCGUUGUUUUUCGUUGUUUAGAAAGUACAGAAAAAGUACUGAGUCAGCACACCAGAAGCUGCUCCGAUUGAAUUGAAUUUAAUGGAAUAUCACAUGUAACGUUUCAUCAGUUCAUGUCAGUUCAUGUCUGAUGAAGGGAAAUGUUACAUUCAGUUUGAUUGGACUUUUUCUAUGUUUGGAUGUUUUUUGUCCAGCACCCAGUACUUAAACUUUCACAGACAUUGUUUUUCUUUUUGUUGCCUUAGAAUAAGCUCGUUACAUGUUAUAACUACGGUGGCCCAGACUUGACAAAUGAACCACUGGCUCUAGAGAAGGUCUUUCAUAUUUUUUGAGUUGCUUUGCGGCCGCUUUAAAUUCGGUUUCACUCUGAAAAGCGAAGUUGUGUGUCGUUUUGAAAUCUGCAGCCUCACAGCUAGAUGAUCACUUAAAACCUGCACACUGGUCCUUUUUUUAAAAGCAGAUUUUUUUUUUUUUUUUUACAGUAUUUUUUAGUCAUAACUCUUAAAUGUCUCUUCAGGGUUAUUUAUUCCAGGCUCAGUAUUCUAGAUGCGUGUGUGCUUAAUAUCAUGGAAUUCUGAAAACUGUGCAAAAAGCCUUAAUCAAACGACGUGCAAAAGGAGGUGCUUGGUGUUCUUGUGUGAUGUGUCAAAAGUAAAAGGGGAAAUGCUGUGUAAUGGUAGCAUUAGAUAAGAUGAGACUGGGGUUAGGUUAGAGUGAGUUUAAAUCGUGGGACAGAUUAAGUUUAAAAACUCUGACCUCAAACCUAGUCUAAUCCUUCAGUGUUCAUUUGACCGACAGGAAUAGAAAAUGUGUAUGUGGAAUAACAAAAAGGGAAGCAUGCAGUGUGUUGAAAAGCUGAACACUGACCCUAAUAGACAAGGAUCACCAAAGCUUUUUUUUUUUUUUUUUUUUUCAACACAAACCAUUGUUUGAAAUGUUGUUCUUGAAAACUGCCUCAAGCUGUUGAACUAAUAUUAUUUGACGCCUGUGCUCCUGCAGAGGCUUCUGGGAACUCCAACAGAUAAAACAACUCAAGCGCCCAAUGUCGGGUUCAAACGAAGGAUCAUGACAUACACAUAUUUUUGUGAGAAAAUGAAGUGAUAUUUUUUAGAAACAUGGAAGUAUUUUGUAAAUCCAAAAAAAGUGUAUAUUUUUAUAAGAGACUGCAGCCAAAAGUGAAAGUUUAAUUAUUUUAGACGUUGCAUGAUAACUACCUUUGUAUUGCCAAACAUUGUUGAUUUUUUUUUUUUGUUUGUUUCUUCAGGACAAACUUUACGAGCAGUAUUGAGGAAUGUGAACAAAGCUAUUGUAGUGCCCAAAAACUAUCAACACAGUGCGACACAUUGCAUUAAAUCAUACAUCUGUUGGUGGAUUGUUUUCAUAAAGAAUCAGAGAGGCAGUCUCAGAUAACAGUUGUGUGAACAGGACAGCGUAUUGACUGCUACUCUCCGCAUUGUGUAAUAGCCUGUGUAAUUAUGACCUGAUAUAAAUGAGUUGUCUUUUUAUUAAAAAAAAUACUUACAUGUGCUUA